AAACAGUGACACGUAGGAUAACAACAUGGAGAAAUUCGUUUUGUUUGGGCAGAGAUAAGUUCGUUAUAAGAAAGCUGUGCUAUCAGUAUCACUUUGUUUAAUUAUUAUGGCUCAUAUUUGUCAAUGUCUGAGUCGAUUGUUAACUUUCCGGCGAGAUUUUCCGGUCACCAUUGCCGGAAACAACCGCAAGACAGGGCAAGAGUUGGUGGAGGAAGUGGUGUCACUAGCUCAUGGUCUUCUCCAGCUGGGUGUCACACCAGGUGAUGUUGUAGCCAUCUCUGCUUACAACAGUGAUUUGUAUCUGGAAUGGUUAUUAGCCAUUGCAUUUGUUGGAGGAAUUGCUGCUCCUCUGAAUUAUCGUUGGAGUUUUGAGGAGGCAAAGUUAGCAAUGAAAGCAGUGAAGCCAGUGAUGUUAGUGAUUGAUGAGAGCUGCUAUUCAUGGUACUUCAAAUUCCAACAAAAUGAUGUUCCAUUUUUGAAGUGGCAUGUUUUGUUGGAUUCCCCUUCUUCAGAUUUUACAAACAAGUGGAAUGUGUUGACUCCAGGAAUACUUAAGAGGCAUCAUGUAAAACCUCUAGAAUUUAACUACUCAUGGGCACCUGAAGGAGCUGUCAUAAUAUGCUUCACUUCAGGAACCACUGGAAAACCCAAGGGAGUCACAAUAAGCCAUGAAGCUUUGAUCAUACAGUCACUAGCCAAGAUUGCCAUAGUUGGAUAUAGUGAGGAUGAUGUCUAUCUUCAUACUGCUCCAUUAUGUCACAUUGGUGGUUUGUCAUCAGCCAUGGCCAUGCUUAUGGUUGGAGGUUGCCAUGUAUUCAUGCCAAAGUUUGAUGCAGAAUUAGCUGUUGGGGACAUAGAGCGAUAUAAUGUGACAUCUCUUAUAACAGUUCCUGCAAUAAUGACCAGUCUUAUUUCUAUUGUUAGGCGCAAAGAAACCUGGAAAGGGGGAGAAACUGUCAAGAAAAUACUCAAUGGAGGUGGAAGUCUCUCGUUUGAGCUUAUCAAAGACACUCACAUAUUCUUCCACAAAGCUAAGCUUAUUUCAGCUUACGGGAUGACAGAAGCAUGUUCUUCAUUGACAUUCCUAACGCUGUAUGAUCCAAUGCAAAAAACCAUUAGCCAUCCUUUUCAAACAUAUGGUGAAGAAGAAUCCAAGCAUCUCAUUCACCAACCACAAGGUGUUUGUGUUGGCAAGGCUGCACCUCAUGUAGAACUAAAGAUAUGCAAAGAUGGUGACACUGGGAGAAUUUUAACUAGAGGGCCACAUUUAAUGCUCAGGUAUUGGGAUCAAACCCUCACAAACACAUCAAAUCAGAGGAGUGAAGUCUGGUUUGAUACAGGUGACAUUGGAUUAAUGGAUUGUCAUGGUAACUUGUGGCUCCUUGGACGUACAAAUGGUCGCAUCAAGAGUGGCGGGGAGAACAUUUACCCUGAAGAGGUUGAAGCAAUUCUACUUGAACAUCCAGGGAUUGCAAGAGUUGUUAUUGUGGGAAUACCAGAUGCACGUUUCACAGAAAUGGUAGCAGCAUGUAUCCAACCAAGAGAAAAUUGGCAAUGGUUAGAGCAUUCUACUUCAAAUGAAGAGUUUCACUUAUCUAGAAAGAAUCUUCAGCAAUACUGUCUGGAAAAUAAUUUAAGCAGGUUUAAGAUACCAAAGAUAUUCAUUGAAUGGAGAAAGCCUUUUCCACUCACUACUACAGGAAAAAUAAGAAGAGACCAAGUCCGAAAGGAGGUUCUGUCUGAGAUACAAUCUUUGCAUAGUAAUCUCUGAUGGAAGUUUCUUUUUCCAAUCCUGUUUUCUAGAAAACUACGCAAAUUAUUUGGAAUUAUACUUUCAGAUAGAGGAAAAAAAGUUUUUCUGUCCAGAAAUAUAUUGUGAGGAAAACUAGUAUUUUUUUGGAAAGUAUAUUUCUAAAGUGACUGCACUCGCGGGAUAAAUCAAUUGAGUGCAUAUUUUUUUCUUUAAAACUUUGUAAUUGCAUGAUAUAAUUUUUAUAUAAAGAUUAUGCAAUAAAAUGAAUACUGAGAGGUAGUACUCCAAAUCAUCAAUUUUUCCUCAGGCAAUGGACUCCAAUCUUGGGUGAAACAAAUAGGCCUCAGAUGGAGACCAUAUUCUAUAGCCUUUUACACCAUUUCCUUACCCCAAAAUAAUCCUUUCUUAGAUCUAGGUUCAAGUUUACCCUCAUUAACAUGGUAAUAAGCAGGACAACCAAGAAUUUGAGUAAUUAGCAGGUUUAUUAGACCAUACCUCAAAUGGAGUCUUACAGUCUAUAGCAGUAGAGGGAGAACAUUUACCAGAUAACAUUUUGUGCUUAUAGCCUCUGCUUGGAAACUCCUAUUCAGCCCGGCAUUUGAAAACAUACAACGAGCUCUUUCCAAAAAGUUAUAUUCAUUCGCUCAGCAACACCAUUCUUUUGUGGAGUAUUUCUCACCGUAUAUUGCCUUGUAAUGUGUUCUUCCUUGCAAAGUUCAUUGAACUCGGCAGAACAAAUUUCCAAGCCGUUAUUCAGUUUGAAGACGUUUUACCUUCUUCCCUGUUUGACUCUCGACCAGAAUCUUCCAUUCCUUGAAAAAAUAGAAUGCUUCACUCUUAUGUUUCAUCAUGAAUGCCGAAGUCAUUCUACAGUAGUCAUCUAUUAUGGAGAGAAAGUAUCUAGCUAUGUUUGUAGAUCCGAUCCAUGUUUUACAGCAUGAGAAACUAGAGAAAAUGAUAACGGACUAGUGAUGAUGGUACCUUGAAGGAAAUGCAUAUUUUUCUUUCUAAUUCCAGAGAUGUAAGGUCAAAGGGAUGGAAUGGAAGAAUGGAGUGAGGUGUAUUUGGGAAGGUCAUCGGAUGGUCUCGUGGAUGGAAAACUGAACUUUAACUAAUUUAAGAGAUGAUGGUUGAUAA